AUGGUGGGAGACGGCGCCCUGGCCUUUGCUGACGUCACUGAUACACGCCCACUGACCGUCCAUCGACUCCUUCCACAGCGUCACCUACAGGGGGAUCGAAACACGGAGUCUCGGAGCAGUUUGACGUCCAGCGACGUGAAGAACGAUGAACGUGGUUCCUCUCGUGUGUCUCUUUCUCCUGACUCGGUCCGGGACAACGUCUGCUGCUGGACACACAAUCUAGAGGGAAGUGCAAAGGAUAAUCUGAUGACAAAGAGAAAGACGAGCUCAAAGAACGAGAAAAGUUUCUUGUUAUUUCCUUUACGUCUGUCUGAACUUAAAUACUCUCCAUGUUUUUAUCUUCCAGGAGUCAUCAUAGUGGAAGAAGACAGUGAUGUUAUCUUACCUUGUUCCCUCGACUCCAAGGAGAACAUCGUAGCAGCUCUCUUUGACUGGAAGAAAGUAGCUCAGAGAGAUCAAGGUCAGAAGGACGUUUUCUUUUAUGAUGCAGGUGAUCAUUACAACAGCGGCCGUGAUGGUCAGAGUCCAGAGUUCAGAGGACGAGUCUCACAUUUUCCAGAUCAACUGAAUCAGGGCAACGCCUCCAUAAUCAUCAGGAACAUGAAGGUGGAGGACACUGGGAGCUACACCUGUAAUCUUCCACGUCUUCGGCCACCUCAAACGUUCUCCGUUGAGCUUGUUGUUGAUCGCGUCUUAAGAGACAGAUCAGGAGACACAGGUGAGUCCUGAUGGCGAUGACGUCAGGCUCCACCUGUCCCAUGCAUGACGUCAUCCACAGCCCUUUACCUGUGGAAACCUCUCUGUGCUGAACUGACCGGGAUCUCUGUUCUCUGU